AUGAAGGAGACUUCAAGUUUGGAGUCGAGUAGCAGCGAUAUCUUCCCCAAGCCGCGAGCAAGAUCACGUACCGACACUGUGGCUUCGUCCCUCUCCAUUUCUGCUCGUUCUUUGUCGGACAUUUCAAGCGACUUGGCCUCUCGACCCUCCUCCCGGCAGAGCUCCGCGGACGGCGGAAUGCCGCUGCAUGAGCGCCACGAAAAGACCGCCAAGGCCUUUUUAGCGAAAGGGACACGCAUAUUGAAGCGACAGGGCAGCAAGCUCAAUCUUCUUUCAUCUCAGCUCGAAGACAGGUCGAAUGACCUUCCCGACGUCAGGGCUGGCGAGCCCUCUCCGGUUCGGAGUCUCCAACGCCAGCCCACUCUAAGCUCAAGGCGGCCCGGUGUUAAGCGCAGCAUAUCAGGACCUUUUGCUUUUCAACACGUGACCCAUGGUGAUCAAGCCCGCUUCCUGAACCUGGACUCUGUUGGCAAGACUGAUUUGACGUCCGAGUUCAACGCACUCCAGACGGGUCAGGAACCAGACAGCGAGAUCCGCGGGAUCCCCGUUGCGGACUUGCCUGUUAAGCAGGACGAUGCAAAUAUCGAGAUCGGCCUGGACGAGCCAGCAUCGCCGACCACCGAUGCCAUCCCGUUAUUGCCAACCACACCGACGCGGCCACGGCCACCACCGAAGGACGGCUUGAUGUCACCAUCCAGUCCUUCUGAUUUCCGAAUGUCUCGGUCAAUGGAGAACUUUUCCCGUCCCACCAGGAUGUCUGUGACUGCCCUCGACAUUUCUCCAACCACGGCGACAACUCAGCAAUUAUCAGUUAUGAGUCCCGUUAGUCAAACCAAUGCUCUAGCGAAGCCACUCCCACACCUACCUGGUGAUCACGUUGUGCACGCUGUGUCGACCAGGGAUGACAUUGCACUUCCUCUGCGCACCGCUCCAUUGCCUUCGCCGCCGAAAGUCAAGAUGGAGGUAGUCGAAGAAGAGACGGCGGAAGAAGGAGCCUCCUUAGAAGCAGGUUUUUCAUGUCAUCCACCACCGGCCCAACAUGUACUACCCGAGACUACACCGAGGCAGCUCAAGCGAAGAAGCCAGUCUUCUGGUGAAGUCCGGUUCGGCGUCAUCUCUUACGAUAUUCCACCCAGGAUUUGUACUCCGGGCGCAGCCACCAUCGAAAACACGGGACAAGAAGCAAACCGAAAGUGCAAGAACCGCAUCUCCAUUGGGGUGAAACCAAUCGAUAUCGAAGGCUGGGAGGACGCUAUUGACUAUUCUUGGGAGCACGCAGCAGAGCUUGAAGCGGAAGAUGACAUGGGCAUGUCGCCCACCCUACCUCGGCAUCCAUAUAGCUUCGACAUCCCUCAGGAGAACUUUCUGGUCGUGGAACAAAGCGUUGUCGACGAAGCGUCGUCAUCGGCUUCGACUCCCUUGAUGAUGCAUGCGGCCAACAAGCCUUCACGAGAUGAACCUGCUCGGUCAGAAGCCAGAGCAGAGGGCCAGUCAUCAUCUCCCCUCCUCGGGCUUGGGAUCGACUCGUCCCGGCCACUCCCGAGUGUACUCUUUACUGAGAGUGUGGCCAGCGUGCCUCAAGAAGCAGAGGACAAUUUCUCUUCGAACGAAAUCUAUCGCUCUCGGGACCUGCGGAGUCCAGCAUCUGUUAUGAGCGUUUCAAGCUCACAAGAAAGCUUCAUCGCCUCGAUCUUUGGCACCCACAGGUCAUCGAACUCAAGCACAACCUUAUCCGACUUCGCCCACUUGGCUGGUGGUAGCUUUGGGGGUUCUAUGGAGCACCUCAAGCUGGAUCUCCAGGACUUCCCUACUGUUCCAGCGCCGGAAAAGCACAUCCGAGAGGGCAGCCAAGACACGAUCCGCGAAGAUAGUCAACACCCCAAGUCGAUGGAGGGUCUGGCGGACCUCGGUGUCCUUUCACCUUUGUCCAUGUCUCCAAUUGGCAAGUGUGAUUUCCGAGCAGCUCGGUCUCAGACUCCCAGUAUCCCUGAAAGGACGUCCUCGGUCGCAGACGCCCUUGACUAUUCGAAACUGCAAAUUGGCCGCAAACGAACUACAGGUACUGCCCGUCCUCGACGCAACACUCGGAUUUCUUACUCGCUGUUCCCUGCGCCCCCAACACAUUGA